GUCUUCUGCAUUUGCAGGCAGAUUCUUCACUGACUGAGCUAAGAGGGAAGAUUUCUGAACGGAUUAAUGAAGCCUUUUACUGAGUGCUACCAUCUCCUUCUGACUUCCUUGAAGACAGGAACUCGAGGUCUCAGGCUACAGUCAUCACCAGAACUCCAGUUUUACCCUUAAUGUUACUGUGCAGAGGAUUUAACAAAACACCGACGGAGAACGAGUGAGCUGCUGAAUCGAUCCUUGUUUGUUGUUGUUCUUUAUUAAUUAGCACUUCGAGAGCAUCAGGCCCUAAGGUGGAUGCUGUCUGUGCAAAGCUACCUGGCUCUGAGGCCAGGUGGGGUUAAACCAGACUUGGAAAGGACGGCAGGAAAAUGGCUGGCAGCCAACACCAGAACGUGUUUCCCAGGCAAGGUGCCUGUUUUUUUCUGGCUAUUUUCCUCUUUGUGAGUCUUCAAUAGAUAUUAAACCAACACAAAGUGGAUUCUGAAAAGGUCUUUUUCCUGUUUCCUUGCCCAAAGAAAAGCAAAUCCCAGUCUAUGGGUAGGAAGCAGCAGGGAAGAGGGGGCCCUGUUUCUGCCAGCAGCCCUUAUCCAAUUCUUGGGCCCCUCCACAGCCUGGCGGGCGUUUUAAGUGGCAGGACUCUCGGCCAAGGGUAGGUUGGAAACAGCUGCUCCGUCGCAGGGCGGGAGGACGGAAAGAGGUCUGGGGAAGCUUCUUUUCCUCCAUCUUUUCCUCCAUCUAGAGUACGAUUGAGCUUGAAGGCGUGGCAGGAGAAAGGGGAGACGGAGAGCCUGGAGAGGGAGUGGCCGGAGGCUAGAUAGAGAAACAUGGGAGCAGAGCAGGAGGGAGAACGGCCGGGCAAAGUAGGAAAAGAAGCCUUGUCUAGGACGGAAGUGGAGAGUAGGGCUGUGGCUACAAAGGUGGAGAAGAUGCCGUCUUGGCCCUGCCCAAGUCUGCUAUUUCAGGGAGGUCUGGAGGAGAGGCGAAGACAGCGGCUGCUGGAAAGUGUGGUGGUCCUGACCCUGGCCCUGUUGGAGAUCCUGGUGGCCCUGCGGCACAUCCUGAGGCAGACGAAGGAGGACGGUAGGGGUGGCCGUGGCUGCCAGCCAGAGCAGGUGACCCAGCGGCCAGAGGAAGGCAAAGAGAGCCUGAGCAAGAAUCUGCUCUUAGUAGCCUUGUGCCUGACCUUCGGGGUGGAGGUGGGCUUUAAGUUCGCCACCAAGACCGUCAUCUACCUGCUCAACCCCUGUCACCUGGUCACCAUGAUGCAUCACAGAAUGGCACAUAUUCAGAAUGGUCCUGAGCUUUUUGUGACACCUUUUGGAACUCACUGGAUGUAUAUGGAUCUUUCUCCUGGCCUGCCCUCCAUGUCCGGGAGCCAUUGUCAUCUUCAAAUUGCAGCAGAUUUAAUAGUGGCCCCAAAGGCUACAGAUGCACAUGUUGAAUGGAGCUCUUCUUGCUCUGCUGUUUCCUGUGGUGAAUACGCGGCUGGUGCUUACACCCCGGAGCCCCUCAGCAGUUUCCGGUGGGCCCUUCUCUCAACUGGCCUCAUGUUCUUCUACCACUUCAGCAUCUUGCAGAUCCUGGGCCUGGUCACCGAAGUGAAUUUGAACAACAUGCUGUGUCCGGCCAUCUCAGACCCAUUCUACGGCCCCUGGUACCGCAUCUGGGCCUCGGGACACCAGACUCUCAUGACCAUGACCCACGGGAAGCUGGUCAUCCUGUUCUCAUACAUGGCUGGGCCCUUGUGUAAAUAUCUGCUGGAUUUGCUCCGGCUUCCAGCCAAGAAAAUAGACUGAAGGUGCUUGUG